UAUUCUUGUUUAUGUCCAGUCCACACUCCUUGCUAAUUGCUGUCAGUCUAUUUAAUAUUUAAAGAGGGCCGACUACAGGAACGGGAAGGCAUCCCAUUUCAGAGUAGGUAUCAAGUUAAACAUGAUCGCCUAAGAAUGCACUAGCACUAAUUGUGAUACCAAGUCCAUUGCAUUGUGUUAACUCUGUGUUGAAAAUUGAGCAUCAAGAUGAAGGAAUCCAAGCACAAAGGCUUCAUUCUGCUGUGCCUAUUGUGCUUAAGUGCUGCUUUGGUUGAGUCAUUACCAGACCAGGGCAUUUGGGAUUUCUCUAUAACUCAGCCUGAUGAGUAUGUGGGUGUCUCGAAGAGUCUGUACAAGGGUUCAGACAUCAUUAUUAAAGUAACGUGUGGCUCCGAUCACACCAAUAUCUCGGUCGGAUGGAUGAUACGACAAACACCCUGCUGGAACGAAUACCUCGCCCUGGAAAAUCAGGCCGGGAGGAACAGCAACCUGUCGUACAUAUACGACAACCCGCAGUACCUGCCGAGCGCCGUGCCGCAGCCCUACUACAACAGCACCUGGUUCUACGUGUACCCCGAGAGACCCUUCGCCUGCGACGCCGUCGUUCUGCCGGAGGUUAGAAUCAACCCCGAUGACGGAACUGUGUCUAUCCCGGCGACGUCCGCGGACAGCGAUACCGGGGAUGCCCCCAGCACGAAAGGCAACUCCGGAGACGGGGACCAGAGCUCUGCAGCAGCCAGGGGCGGGGACCAGAGUGCUGCAGGGACCAGCGGAGGUAACCAGAAAUCUGCAGCGGCCAGCGCCGGUGACCAGAGCGCUAAACCGGCCGGGGACAGCGGCCGAGACGGGAAUAACCAGAAGCCGACCAAGAAAGCCGCGCGCGUGCAGCGGGCGGCGGCUUCUGGCGGCUCGCCGGCCCACCGUCAGAUGCAGGCUCCGGCUGACGGCAUCUUCCUACUGGUGGUACAUGUGACCAGUCUGGAGCCGCGCCUGCCGCCCACCCCGCUCAACGUCACCGUCCAUAUAGAGAUGAAGGCCGACUAUGGCUACCUGUCGGCCGCCGACUGGCCCAACCUGCCGUUUUACUCGGUGAUGUGCGCCGUGUACGUGCUGUACGGUCUCGGCUGGCUGGUCGUCUGCGCCAGGCAGUGGAGGGAGCUGCUGCGCAUCCAGUUCUGGAUCGGAGGCGUCAUCGCCAUGGGCAUGCUGGAAAAGGCCGUGUUUCUGGCCGAGUACGAGUCGGUGAACCGAACCGGCCACAGCGUCUGGGGCGCCGUAGUGUUCGCAGAGCUCGUCUCCUGCGCCAAGCGCGCCCUCGCCAGAAUGCUGGUCAUCAUCGUCUCGCUCGGCUUCGGAAUUACAAAACCGCGGCUGGGCCCGCUGCUGCACCGGAUCAUGGCGGUGGGCCUGCUGUUCUUCAUGUUCGCCUCGAUCGAGAGCUGCACGCGCGCGCUGCGUCCCAAGAACGACCUGUCGGGCGGCACGCUGGGCACUUCUGUGGUGCUGGCGCUGCUGGACUCGGGCAUCUGCUGGUGGGUGUUCAGCGCUCUGCUCAACACCACCCGCACACUCAGACUCAGGAGGAACGAGGUGAAGCUGACGCUGUACCGCCACUUCACCAACACGCUGAUCCUGGCCGUGCUAGCCUCGGUCGGCUUCAUGGUCUGGAUGGUGAGGUUCCACCGCACGGCCGGCUGCCUGCGCCAGUGGAAGAACCUGUGGGCCGACGAGGCCUGCUGGCACGUCCUCUUCUCCAUCAUCCUGCUGGUCAUCAUGCUGCUCUGGAGGCCGACCAACAACAACCAGAGGUACGCAUUCACACCUCUGCUGGACGCCGGGGACGAGGACGAAGAAGACGAGCUGUUCAGGUCGGACGCCUACCACGACCUCAAGAUGCGCUCCCGAGGACAGAGCUCGCCGGGCGACUCGCACAACCGGCGCUCGCGCAACAACUCGGACGACGACCUUAAAUGGGUCGAGGACAACAUCCCCGCCUCCAUGGAGCCCGCCCUGCCCGCCAUGGACUCGGACGAGGAAGUGAUGCAGGCCAAGUUCGAAAUCAGUAAGAUGCAGUGAUCCCCCGCGUGUGCCGGCCGCUCGCAUUAACCCACCAGGCGGGGACCGGCUGCAGUAAUUGUGCUGUAUAUUCUUCCUCUGCGGUGAAGAGGGUUGAGCGCACGGAAGUGAGGUGCGUGCGAGGGUCCGAGUGGGCUGUGCGGGCGGUGGUUAGGUCGGGUAAGAGAGAGAGAGAGAGAGAGAGAGAGAGAGAGAGAGAGAGAGAGAGAGAGAGAGAGAGACGUACUGCCGGUGUUGAAUGGGGUAUCCUUCCCGAACGGGUCGGAAAGAUGGGUGAUCCUUUGGAGUGUCGCCCCAAAUGAGACGUUUCCUUCAGUGUCGUCUUAUAUAUGAGACUUAUGGGACGAGAGACUUCGUGAGGCACGGGGCAGUGUGGAGGGAGAUACUGGAUUUUCCAAAUGGGACAGCGAAGCCCGGAGGGUCAGCGACACUGAACGAUAUGCUUUGAGCACGGGAUCCACACCACCAGACUGUCUGUAUAAAGACAUCGGCACGGACCCUACGGAACCAUAACGGACGGUCAGUGACAGUGGACGAUAUGGCUGGAGCGCCGGACGAUCCGUAUGAGAUACGAGAGUCCGAGACACCGAAUGAGACACCGGGCUGUCACUAUCAGAGAUCGGUACGCUCCUUAUGGAAUAAGAGAGGGUCGGUGACACGGACGAUAUGUUUGGGACACCUGACGGCCCGUAUGAGGCAUUUGACGGUCCAUAUGGGACACUGACUGUCCUGAUGAGGCAUCGGACGUCGAUAUCAAACAUUUGACAGUCCGUACGUGAGCUCGGACGAUCUGUUUUGGACAGCGAACGAUCGAUGAUAGCCAAUGAGGCUCUGGACAUGACGAUCGUGAUGUGGGACGAAUUUCGAGGGCGUGACGUUGAUUUUCAUCUGCGUUGUCUGUGUUGUGACGUUAUUAUUUAAUUGCUGCUGCACUGGUGUACCUUGGUAUGGCAAUGUUAUCUUCGUAUCAAGUGUUUGUUGCUUUCAGAAGAGGUGCGUUGGAGAAUAUGCUAAUGCUAUCUGGACGCUUUCCCUCAGGCUUUGUGGAAAAUCGCGUUUGGGUUGCUAGAUUCGUGAAACAUUUUAUUAAUGUUCGAGAUAGCUGUUCGUUUGACACAAUAUAAUAAUCUUAUAUA